GCAAAAAAUUUUAAAUGUCAAUAAUUUUAAUUUAAAAAAAAAAGCUUAAUUUUAAAAAAGAAUUAUAAUUUUACAUCUAUUUUAAAUAAUCGAUAAAUUUUUUGAAAAAUAAUAUAAUAUACUCCUAUUAAUAAAGAUGAAAAAAUUUGAAAAAAUAUUUGUGACGGUUGGAACUACAGAAUUCAAUGAACUUAUAUAUGAAAUUCAAAAACAAGAAUUUGUUAAAGUUUUGCAAAAAUUAGAAUGUAAAAAUCUAACAGUACAGUUCGGAAAUGGAACUGAUUUUGAUUUCAAAAACUUCGAAUCAUCUACAAUAGAUGUACAAACAUAUAGGACGAAACCAAGUAUUAGCGAUGAUAUAUGUAAUGCUGAUUUAGUCAUUAGUCAUGCUGGUGUUGGAACUUGUUUAGAAGUUUUAAAUUAUAAUAAACCUUUAAUAGCUGUGAUUAAUACUGAAUUAAUGAAUAAUCACCAGAAUGAACUUGCCACCCAAUUAUUUAAGCAAAAGCAUUUAUUUGUUUGUGAGCCUAAUGAUUUACAAAAAAUUAUUUUAACUUCAAAUUUUGAUGAAUUAUUGCCAUAUAAAAAGGGUGAUAUGAGUAUAUUUAUUAAAAAAUUAGAUGAAUUAAUGGGAUUUACGUAAUAACUGUUUGAGUAGAGAUAUAAACAUAAGUAGUUUAUUUUGACGAAAACUCUUAAAUACGAUUUGGACGAAUGUGUUGGCAAACGGAUCUAUAUUCGAAGGAGUUCCACGUAUCAGCUCGUUAAAUGAGUCAUAAAAUAACUAUAUAAUAUUUCAUUCCGUAUUUUAUUAAAUUUUUUGAUUUUUUGAAAAUUAGUUUAAAAGUUUUGGAAGUUUUUUUAUAAUUUCACUACGAAUAAAAUGUAAAUUAAUUUGAUAAUUUUGAUGCUAUUAAAAAUAACACUCUAAACUCCACUA